ACAAUAUCUAAAGCACGCUCACUAGAUAACAGAAGCAUGUAGGCUGAUCCCAUGUUCUUCCACUAAUUCAACUACUGAAUAUUAACCAUUAACUAAAAAAAUUCGAAAUCCCAUAUCGGAUUUUUCAGUUGAAACUGAGCUUCAAAGCAUGGCGGCUUUUACAUCAAUUGCUCUACAGUACUCAUGUACAACAUCUUUACAAUCUUGGGUACCUUCUCUAGAAGCUACACAUUAUAAUAAUUCAAGGUGGGGGAGAGUGAGAUCAUGCAAAUCCACAGGAAAAACAUCACACCAACUGAAAAUGGCAAGAGGUUUAACUAUCCAGAGUGCAGCCACAAAACAAGCAAAGUCGCCAGCUGAAGAAGACUGGAAAGUUAAGCGAGAACUUCUGCUGGAAAAAAGGGUAAGAAGCGUGGAUGCGAAGGAAGCUCUGCGCCUUCAGAAAGAAAAUAAUUUUGUGAUUCUGGACGUAAGGCCAGAAGCAGAGUUCAAAGAGGCUCAUCCUCCAGAUGCUAUCAAUGUGCAAAUAUAUAGGCUUAUAAAAGAGUGGACGGCAUGGGACAUUGCUAGACGUGCUGCAUUUGCGUUUUUUGGUAUUUUUGCCGGUACUGAAGAGAACCCAGAGUUCAUGCAGACUGUUGAGGCGAAAUUAGAUAAAAAUGCAAAGAUAAUCGUAGCUUGCUCCGCAGGGGGCACAAUGAAACCAUCACAAAAUCUGCCCGAAGGUCAACAAUCAAGGUCUCUCAUAGCAGCUUACGUGCUGGUCCUUAACGGGUAUAACAAUGUCUUCCAUCUAGAAGGUGGUCUUUACACAUGGUUUAAAGAGGGUCUGCCAAGCGUUUCAGAGGAGUGAAGCCUAGACUUAAUUUUGACCAUAAUGAGAAUGCCAAUAAAAGCAUAUGAAGAAAUAGAGUUGACGAAUUGAAAUGUCAUUAUUGAACUAGUGCAGAAAAUUAGAAUGCUAGAAUUGACAACACAAAUAUCAAAUACAUUCUCUAGAGAUUGCAUCCCUGCUUUAAACUGGAAAGGAUCCAUUUAUCAGCAGCGUGUUACCAAUAUUUUGAGAUCUAGCUAUAUGAGUACACCAUGUUUCUGAACCACAGAAGCCAUUUUGCUUCAAUGAAAAAACCAAGAUUAGUGUAUUUCUGGUUCUAUUGCUGUUGAUUAGUUAAGAUAUCCAAUCCAUUUCUAUAACAUGUGUUUGGGAAAAGGUAUUUGGUUAAAUCUACCAAUGCCUAAGCCUUUAAAGAUACUCUUGCCAUAGCUAGAGCACCAUCAUAAGUUCGAUUUCCUCCAAUAAAACCACUCAUGUGCACAAAAGUACAACCUGGGAUUCCAGCAACCUCCGAGAGCUUGUCAUUUUCCAAACCCCUCCAAAUACAGGGUAACGGUUUUCUGCUCUCAAAUCUAGCAGGAGAAAUUGCCACUGCCUGCAGUCGCCAAUUCUCACUCCUAUCAUCCUACAAAAAUCACCCAUUAUGUAAAUUUAAGAUCAAAUAGUAAAAUAAAGAAUGGGUCCUAAUAUGAUGAUCAAAUAAACCACCUUACAUAAUUUUAUUUUGGGCAACAAUGAUUAUGCUCAUAUUCAAUUCUAAAGAUUCAUUGACUAAUUCAGUUAAAAAUACAUACCGGGUAAAGAACAUAUUUGACAGAAGGACUGAUUCUCAUUUCCUCCUCAAGCUCAUGUAUGUGAAGUUUCCACUGUGAAACGAACAAAUGAGAAAAAGGUUUGGCAAUAGUUACAAUGAUAUUCAAAACCAUCAAAGAUUGUAAUUUACCAUUCCACUACAAUAAUAAUUAAAAACUGCAUGAGAUUAAUCAAAUGCCCUGUGGGCUGUUCCUUACAGGACAAGAUCGGCUUAGCUUUAUAAUUUCUCCACUAGAAUCAACAGUUUCCCUUGCUGCAAGACACUCCAUAACAAUCGAUCGCGCUGGUAACCAUGAUUUAGCAUAAUAAUUCACAUUCUGUAACACCAAAAACAACAAAACACAAAAAUCAUUCCUUUUCACGACUAGUUUCUAGCUCGAUUAGUUCAGCAGGUAGUGAGAAAACAGUACACCAAAAUUACAGUAAACAACGAAAUUUCAAAAGUGUAACAGUGUCACCUCCAAAAAUUCAGCACCAGCGAGGGCCAUUGCUUGAUGAAACGCAGCAUUUUCUCUGUCAGAUGAGUGGUCAGAAUCGACCCAGUCCAAAUUCAACCGUUUUAUUCUAGAAGACAAACUCGUGUUAAUUACAUAUUUGGGAGGUUCAUUUAGAUCAUAUUGAUUCACUCCAUUAUCCGUAGCAUCAAUUGCCUGAAAAGAGAGAGAACAAGUAUUGUGAUAUAACUAACAUAAGCAUGCUUGAUUAGAGGUCAGAUAUAAUCAUAAUGAUAUAAGCACACAAGCACCUCGAUAAAGUUUCUGUAUAUAACUGAAUAUAACUGAUGAACAUGAGAAUGCUCUUCGCCAAGCCCCAACACAUUGGCAAUUAUCUCCAACCCAAAAUGCUAUAUGAAAAGGAACAAAUUAGGUUAUAUAAAGAAAAGAGUGAACAAUCGAAACGGCGUCGUGAGUGAAUGAGUGUUGAACAAACAAAACACAAACACAAACACAAACACCUUGUAGACAAGACCAGCGCUACUGAGCUUAGUGUGGAAGCCGAAACCGAAGACUUGGUAGAAGUCCUUCUGGUGAUGAUCGAAACGGUGUCGUAGCGGGUCGUACACGCCUCCCACGUCGACUACUGCGUCGAGAGAUUCUAGAAGCUUCGGGUCCCUCGUUCUUACGAUAUGAGCGUUGGAGAAGUGUUUGGAAAGGCGAAGCAAGAAGCACGCCAGGGCCUCGUCGCAGUGGAAGGUUCCGUUGUGAGUGCCCACGCGCGUCGAGAAGGAGCAUGCUACCCAGCGAGGCGCGUUGAAAGUUAAUGUUUUGUGCCACGCGCCCCCCAGCUUAACCAUUUUUUUCUGGAACUGUCUCUGCUGUGUUUCUGCCGCGACAACAGAAGAUGGAGGAUGACGCUGCCUCAACGACGUCGUAGCUCCUGAUUCACGUGCGAAUGUCUUAUUUAUUUAUUUCCUGUUGGCAGCAAGCAUUGUUCACAUACAAAUUAUAAUUAAAUUAAUUUAUUAGUAUAUUUCUU